AUGCACACCACAGGAACUCCACUACAAGCAGAAGCAACAGCAGCAGGAGCUGCAGCAGCAGCAUCUGCUGCUGCAGCUGAGGCGCUGCGCGCUAUUCAGGAUUCCUUUUCUGAAGCAGCAGCAGCAGCAGCAACAGCAACAGCAGCAACAGCAACAGAGGUGGACCCGCCAAAGCACUGGGGCGACGUUGCAGAGCUAAGGCGGCGUUUUCCUGAGGGGAGUUCUCUCUUCUUGAAUUUAAAUCAGUUAAAAAAAGAGCAUUUGCCUUUGCAAGAUGGAGUCGUCUGUAGCUUUCUCUGCUUCGUUAGGCAGCCAUUGAACUCCGAGUGUUUUGUGGGUGCCGUCUGCAACAAAGGCAAGUGGGAGUCUUCAAAAUUUAGAGAGUCUUUGCCUGAGAGUGCUGCUGCUGGCAGCCGCUCUGUCUUAUGGAGCCGCCACGCCUACCGCUGCUCCCUUAUCCCCGGUGCUGCACCCUGGUGGGAGCAGCAGCAGCAGCAGCAGCAGCAGCAAGAGCAGCAGCAGCAGCAGCAGCAGCAGCAGCAGUUGCUGUCUUUGCGAGAGUGUAUUGUUUUGUUUUACCCCGAAGAGGGAAAUGCGCUGCCUCGGUUGAACGAAGUCAUUCAGGUGUAUGUUGUGGGGUUUGUGUGCAGCUGCUUUGACGGAGACUCCUUUGCAGCAGAAUAUGCCCUGCUGGCGCUCUGCUCCCGCUCUUCGCAGCAGCUGCAGCAGCAGCAGCAGCAGCAGGACCAAGAGGAGCAGCAGCAACUUGCGCAUGUCUUUCAUCGCCUCCGCAUUGCAUUCAUCAGGCCCCAGAAAGCGGAGUUCUCCAAACUGCAACAGCAGCAGCAGCAGCAGCAGCAACAGCAGCAGCAGCAGCACAAGCAGCGUGAGGACGGCGCUCUUGCCGAGAAUUCACUUGCUGCGGACUCGCCUACAGCAGCAGCAGCAGCAGCAACAGCAACAGCAGCAGCAGCAGCAGCAAAUGAUAAUCAUGAUUCUUCAUCUGCGUUUUGCUGCUGCGGUCUAUUAUCCACCGCAAGUCAGCGGCUGCUGCAGCACUGCAGACAGCUGGUGCCGUGUGCUGCUGCGGUGUCUGUACACCCCGAGGCGAUGCUGCAGCAGACUUUGGCUCCGGAGCUGCAGCUGUGUGAAGAUGAACUGGCCGAAGAUAUACUCU